AUGUUUAAAAACGUGAUAAGGAAAGACCUUCAGAGCUACAGGCCGGCCUCAAACUUGCUUUUGAACGAGAAAAUCACCCAGAUGUUGUCGGAAGGACGACGUGUCUAUCACUUCGCCUUUGGACAGUCACCUUUCCCUGUAAUGGCUGAAGCCCGUGCUGCUCUUGAACGCCAUUCCGGCGAAAAUUCCUACUUACCUGUGGCGGGAAUCAGGCCAUUAAGAGAAUCAAUUUGUAAUUUUCACAAAGAAUUCGAUAAACUAGACAAUCUGAAUCCAGAUAACGUCAUAGUUGGUCCUGGCUCGAAGGAGCUUCUGUUUCUUGUAGAGAAUGUCUUUCAGGGAGACGYGUUUGUCUUGUAUCCUACGUGGAUCACUUAUUCACCUCAGUGCCUUUUGUCUCAUCACCAACCGGUUUUGAUUCGUACCAAGUUUGAAGAUAGCUGGAGAGUGACUCCUAAUGGCCUCGAGAAGGUACUGAAUGAAUCAAAAAGCGAAAAUAGAUUACUUGUAUUGUGCAAUCCUGAUAACCCUACUGGUACUUCGUACAGCGCUGAACAUCUAAAAGCCUUGACCGAAGUGUUCAGAAAAUACAAAGUCGUGGUUGUAUCUGAUGAAAUUUAUGGUAGAYUGAAUUAUACAGAAGACCAUGAAUGCCUUGCAAAAUAUUAUCCUGAAGGCACCAUUGUUUCGACUGGAUUGUCCAAGUGGGCUAGUGCAGGGGGAUGGCGACUUGGCUACCACAUAUACCCAGAAACAUUAAGGGAUCUAUACAUUGCUGUUCAAAGUGCAGCCAGCCAUACAUACUCAACCGCUUCAGCUCCAGUUCAAUAUGCUGCUGUAUCUUAUUUAAAUCUAUCAAAGGAGUCUGUCACUUACAUGCGAAAUACCAGAAGAACCAUGUCGGCAGUGGCGGAAUACUGCUACAAGGAGCUUAUCCAGGUUGGAGUCAAGGUUGUCAAGCCAAAAGGAGGGUUUUAUAUGUACCCCGACUUUGAAAUUAUAAGGCUAAGUCUACGUAAGAGAGGGAUUGAGACUUGUCAACAAAUGUGCGAUGCUAUGUUCAAGGAAGCUUUGAUCGUUCUAAUGCCUUGGGACACAACAGACCAUGAAGGAAAUGAAAGAUUGACUGUACGUUUGUGUUUUGUGAAUUUUAAUGGUGAGAAGGCCCUUAAAGCCUGUUACGAUGUCAUGGAGGGUGGUGGUGUCGACUUGGGGGAUUCAUUUGUAAUGAAACACUGCAAGGAAACUGUGGAUGGUAUGACUAUGCUAUGCAACUGGGUAAAAGAACAAAUGAAAACUAAGUCAGGAAACUGAUUACAUCUUGGACAUUUCUGGACAACUAUAGCUGGGUUCCGAUAAGACUUUCACAA